AUGUCGAAUCUGAAGGCGGUGAAGACUCGUAUGAAGUCUGUGACUUCUAUCCAGAAGAUCACUAAAGCUAUGAAAAUGGUUGCGGCGUCAAAACUACGUAGUGAUGAAGACCGUGUGGUGAAUGGCGCUCCCUUUACUCAGCCAGUUAUAGACUUCUUUAAGAGGCUCCCUGUCGACGAGGGCAUCCCUAAGGGCAAGCAUGACCUCGUUUUCAUCAUCAGCGAUAUCGAUAAGGGUCUAUGUGGGGGUGUGAAUUCUUCCAUCACGAAACGAGCCCGAGCUAUGAUAAUGGAGGUAGAGGCUAACGGUGGUACGGCUAAGUACGUAGGCGUUGGUGGAAAGGGCACUGCGGCGUUAAGGAGGCUAUUCGCUGACCGGUUUGAAGUCUGUAUGGAAGAUGUUCAAAAACAUCCUUGGAAUUUCGCCCAAGCCAGCGCGAUAGCAGAACGCGUGAUUCGCAGCGAGCCUGAGCGCCUGACUAUCUUGUCGAAUCAUUUCAAAUCGGUGAUCUCCUUCGAUACACUGGAGAGCCGGGUGGUCACACUUAAGGAGUGUCGAGAGAUGGACAGGGUAGUAGUAGUAGUAUACUCUUUCGAACCCUCGGUUUUCGAAGUCCUCCAUGACCUUCACGAUUUCUAUGUCGCCAAUUGUGUCUUCGGCUACAUGCUCGACUCGAUAGCUGCCGAACAGAGUGCACGUAUGUCUGCUAUGGAGAAUGCAUCGAGAAACGCCGCGGAUAUGAUCGACAAAUUGGAGUUGCAGUUCAACAAGGCUCGUCAGUCGAAGAUCACUACGGAGUUGUGUGAGAUUAUCUCUGGUGCUAGCAGUCUGUAG